AUGAAGUUCACCUCUUUCCUCCUUGGCUUCGCUGCCACUGCUAUCGCCAGCCCUAUCAGCAAGCGCGCUGUCUUCAGCCAGACAACAUACGACGAUCUCUCCAUCAGCGGUGGUACCGCAGGCAACGCCCAGCAAGAAGCUUUGCAGAAGCUUGGCGGUCUGCCAACGGACCUGUCAACAGUUGAAAAGUCUGACUUGGACUUCCUCAACAGUGUCAACCAGAUCGCGAAUGAUGCUGAGGAUGAGGCCUUCAACCCUGCUAUCGACGCAGCUUCCGGCGAAGCAGCCGAUGCCCUUCAGCGCGGAAAGAUUAAGAACAAGGUCCUGAAGUUGACUGCUACUAUCCUCAAGCUAGAGGCUCAGCAAGCGCAGGGUGAGGAUGUCGCUGAUAAGCUGGCGGAGGAGAACAAGAAGUUGCAGAACAACAUUUCGCAGGAUAAGGAUGAGGCUGGAAAGGCUUCUACGUUCCUUGCUUUUGAUGCGACUACAAGCUAA